AAGACGGCGUGGGGAAAGUUAAAAGUUAUACUUAUAAAUAUAAUAGCCAGAGAACACCUCAAAAUUUCGCUUUAACAGUUGUGGACUCGCUUCCCAAUCUGAUCAGGAAUUAGGGUUUUUUUCGUUUUUUUCAGGAAUUAGGGCUUUAGAUUUUUAAAACCUAACAAGACUCGGUUUUUUUUUGUUUUAUCGAGGCUGAUCUGGUUAAUCUUCAUCCUGCAUCAAUGGCUUCCAGCAACAAUACCGUUGGCGUCGAUAAUACUUUCAGGAAAAAAUUCGACCGCGAAGAGUACUUACAACGAGCUCGGGAGCGUGAAAAACAGGAAUCAGAAGGGCGGUUUAAAUCCAAGUCAAAAGGUCCGCCGGUGCAGAGGAAACCGUUGAAGCAGAGGGAUUAUGAAGUUGAUCUCGAGUCUCGAUUGGGGAAAACACAGGUUGUUACUCCAGUAGCACCUUUAAGUCAACAGGCUGGAUACUACUGUUCAGUUUGUGAAUGUGUCGUGAAGGAUUCUGCCAACUACUUGGAUCAUAUCAAUGGAAAGAAACAUCAAAGAGCACUGGGUAUGUCUAUGCGGGUUGAACGGGCAACGUUAGAGCAGGUCCAGGAGCGAUUUGAAAAAUUAAAAAAGCGGAAAGCACCUGGCAGCUUCUCAGAGCAAGAUCUAGAUGAACGCAUUAUGAAACAGCAGGAAGAAGAAGAAGAACGAAAGCGCCAACGGCGAGAAAGAAAGAAAGAGAAGAAGAAAGAGAAGGCAGCAGAAGAGGAACCUGAAAUUGAUCCGGAAGUUGCAGCUAUGAUGGGAUUUGGGGGUUUUGGUUCAUCCAAAAAAUGAUCAUGCCUUUUCAGGCAAUCCCAUUGUUCUUGAAUGCCUAAUUAUUUCUCAAAAUGGGUAUCUCAGAUUGGAGGAUGUAACUUAUUUCUGUAAUGUCUCCUAUACAGAUCAUGUAGGAGGAAAAAUUGAUAAACAUGCAUGUUUCCCAAACUUUCCGUUAGACAAUAGCCAUGUCAUACUCUUUUGUCCUACCAAAAAAGAAGGUUGCCUCUUGGAAGUUUUAGGUUUACUGGAGUUCUCUAUUUUGCGGUGGGAAAUGUAAACUCAAAUUAUUAGACGAGUAGCUCUCAAUUUAAGAAGUUGACCUUUAUUUAUUGGUUUUUAAUGUGUAGUGUGGUGCUGUUAAAAUUAUACAAU